CCAACAGGGAGCGCAUGACGGCUCACACGGCCAAAUAUUCCGCAGGUUUUUGCCUUUCUAAAGCUAUAAUACACUAGAUACACUAUAAAAACUCGAAUUAUGUAUGAUAAACACAGAAAUUUGUAAUCUGUAUAAAUUCUUUGGCAGUAACCACGAGGGGUCCAUUGAUUUCCAUGAGCGCGGAGAAAAGUAAACACGUGUCAUGCUUCAGUAGGUGUCUGCUUAGUAUUUUACAAAUAAAAAAAUGCCCUGAAUAUGAAAGAUGAUCCAAAUGACAUCGAAAUAAAAGUACCAUACUGUCCAAACAAUACGCGACAGCUCCCGGACCACGAAGCCACGCCCAUGUUAGAUCUCCCAUUGGCACCGGUUGUCAUUCUUCUCGCUUACUUUUUUUCUAGAGGAAAAGGCUCACCAUGAAGUAAACAGAUGUUUUUAGUGUCUAGAAUAACAUUUAACAUAUUCCACAUCAAAGUACCAUGUGAUGUGUGAGUGGGGCCGUAAACUGAAAAUCAAAACGGUCAACAGCACGUUAACCAGCGUGUAUAGAGACAUCCUGGCGCACAUUGGUCGUGUUGACAAUAUUUUGCGCGAUAUUUUACGCGAUCUGUCAUUUGGCGAAAUGAGCGCAGUUCUGUCGAUGCAGAGGAGUUUGAGAUGAACCUUUUCUUCACUACAGCGCGUAACGUACAGGAGGCCGAAAACUGAACAGUCCUGCACCCAAUGGGUUGCUUGUUUAGGAGGCUCAUACAGGGAGGACAUCAUGAACCUGAACGAGAAGAAACCCAACAAGUGGUGGACUGAACCAGACACAUUUGCCAUGUUGGCACUCAUAGAGCGUAUGGGUCUGGUCCAUGAACUGGAUAAAAAACGGCAGCGCAACGAGUCUCUCUUCCGCCGCCUCCGGAUGAAUCUCACCAAACGUGGCAUCCACUUCACCGUCACCCAAAUCCGCAACCGCUGGAAAAGCCUUAAACACAAGUACCGCAAGAUCAAACUGGCGAGCUACCGAAGUCCGGCUGCACGCCUCUCCGCCAUUGAGUCUUUCAGAUAUUUCCACAUGCUGGAUCGCAUGUUGGUGCGCAGACCCAAGGCUGGAAAUGAGGAGGAUGAGCUAGCAGAUGAUCCUGUAGGACGGUCACUUGCGGACCUGGAUGACCACACAGAUAAUUCAUGGCUUGAAAGCAUAAUCCCUAAAUCUGAGCCUGACAACAUGACUCCUAAAUUAGACACUGACGCGGAUGACGAUGAGAAUCCAGAAGAUGUGGCUAGCUCCGAACCUCCGAGCUGGGCUUUGGGACCAGAUGAGGUUAUGACUCUUGGUUUGUCUGGAGAAUAUCUCUAUGCAGUGAAGAAUCUACCACCAUCCCUAUGCAAUCCCAACAGCAUGGAAAGUACAAGAGAGGCGGCUGACUUUAGCCAGGAUGAUUUUCCAGCGGGAACACCAGAGGACACCAGCAGCCUCAUCCUACAGCAGCUCACCAUUUUGAACCACCGCCUUGGAGAACAGCUGGCAGAACAAAAAGCCUUCCAUUGCACCAUGCUGGGCAUGAUGGAUCGUCAGAUACAGGUCCUGGAGCAGCUCUCCAAUUUCACCAGGAACCACCAACCUAAGCCUGAAUCUACUGAGACGGACUCCUCCAUCAGCCAGAAGGUUCAAGAUGCCCUGCUGAGGAUCCUGGGGCAAAUGCAGCAGACUCAAACACAGACGCUUCAGCCAUGUGCCCUGUUACCCAUGCCCAAGACAGAACCUACACCUUCUUCUUGGAAGGUCUCUGUCUUGGAGGUUCAUAAGUCGCCCACCGCUGAUGUGGAGUCAGGCGGUGAGACUGAGAACUUUCAAACCCCGGAGGUGUACAAUAACAGCAGUCCACCUUCUUUAGAGAUUUCAUCGUCAACCAAGAACUCUGUUUUACAGAAUGGAUUGUGUCAUCACCAUUGAAUGCUUCUCUUUUGGGACUCUUUAUCAGCUAGAAACAGUUAACACAGGCCUUUUGUCCAUUAGAUGUUGUAAGUUCUGAUGUUUUAAUCAGCAAUACGUUUUUGUAGAAGAAGGAACAAUAGACUUAUUUAUUUACUUAUCUUGAUUUCUAAGUAACAGUUGAUCUGAAUUAUAGAUGAAAAAUAACUUCAAUGUUUAGAAUUUGCAGUUCAGAAAAAGGAAGCCUUUUUGCCUGUAAGGAAAUAUAUUGGUCAGUGGUAAGACUGAAGAUAUGUUAAAGUUACACUUCUUCCAGUUAGGAUUGGGGUAUUUUCCCUUUAGACAUAUUAAUGUGCAAGUUUUAACUAUUAAGGAUAAUUUUAACAUUUACCUCAUGUAGUUUAGUAUAAACAUGAUAAGUCUGUUGAUUUGAUAACACAAUAAUUGCUUGCCUCUAAUGAUAAACCAUUUAUUUUAAUAUUUGCCAUGAUAUUGUGCAUAUGGUCUUUAUCUCUAAAUGCAGAAUAGACCAGGGAUGUUUCGAACAGGUAAAAAACCUGUUUUUUGAAAAUGAUGUCAUUUGUGCAUUUUCCUCAUUAUGUAUGACUCGAAAGUUUUACAAACAAAACACCCACAAAAUCUGGGAUGAAAAGUGAAUUUAUGCAGGAUAUUGUUUGAUAACGCUGGUAUGUUUUAUGUUUGAAUGAUAAAAAUCAUAAUGAUAAAAAAAGUAGAUUUUUA